AUGAAUGAAAACCAACUAGCAACAAAAACCGGAUCAAUUCGGCGCGCGAACGGUAAACACAAACCGAAUACUGAUUGGGCGGUCGCGGAUCUGCAAUCGGAGAUCGAGACACACAGGAAUGUAUACGCAUCGCUCACUGGAACUGGCCGGCGUCUCCUGGGCAGCCUGUCUUCUCAGGAAGACGCUGUCAUGCUGCAGAGGAGACUGGAUGAGAUGAACCAGAGAUGGCAUCACUUGAAAGCGAAGAGUAUGGCUAUCAGAAACCGCCUUGAGAGCAACGCCGAACAUUGGUCCGCAUUGCUGCUGUCUCUCCGGGAGUUAACUGAGUGGGUCAUCAGGAAAGAGACAGAAUUGAACGCUCUAGCACCUCCGAGGGGAGACCUCACCGCUCUCCUGAAGCAGCAAGAUGAUCAUCGCGCCUUCAGGAGACAGUUGGAAGACAAGCGUCCAGUGGUGGAGAGCAACCUCCUCAGCGGAAGGCAGUACAUCGCCAACGAACCACCUCUCUCCGACACCAGUGAUACUGAACCAUCUCGAGACAGCGAAGGCGACUCCCGCGGCUACCGGUCUGCCGAGGAACAGGCCCGCGAGCUGGCCCGCUCGAUCCGCCGCGAGGUGGCCAAGCUCGCUGACAAGUGGAACACCCUGGUCGACCGCAGCGACGCGUGGGGCAGGUGCUUGGAUGAUGCUGUACAGCGCGUACGAGCCUUCACCAACUCUCUUGACGAGCUCGCCAGCAGAGUCCAAGCUGCUGAAGCGGCCAGGUCUUCAUGGCGAGGACCAGGCGACGCAAGAGACGCUCGGGCACAACUGGAUGCUGUCUCCAGAGCCAGAGCUCAACUGCCACCGCUGAGGAGAUUGGCUGAUGAGCUACACGCUCAAGCACAGACACUGGCGAGAGACAAAAUCCAGCUACCAGAUCAGUUACUGGCGAAACUUGAUGACUUAAAUACAAGAGUCGGUGCUCUCUGCGCUGGUGGGGAGGAGCGGGCCCGUCAGCUGGCAGGCGUGGCCCGCGAUGGUGGGGCUGGCGCUGCCCAAGGGUUCCUCGCUGGUUCCGUGGACCCACCGUGGGAACGAGCCGUCACGCCAGCCAACGUACCUUAUUAUAUCAACCAUGAGUUAGAGACAACGCACUGGGACCACCCCAAGAUGAUUGAACUAAUGAACUCCUUAGCCGACCUCAACGAGGUUCGGUUCUCGGCCUACAGGACCGCCCUCAAGCUACGGACGGUGCAGAAAGCUCUGUGCAUGCACAUGCUGCAGCUCCCGGCCGCGCUCGAGGCUUUCGACUCGCACGGUCUACGCGCGCAAAACGAUAGACUCAUCGACAUUCCCGACAUGAUCACCGUCCUCACCACUCUGUACGAAGUGAUAGCCGCGGAGAACCCAAGCGCCGUGAACGUGCCGCUGUGCCUGGACCUGUCCAUGAACUGGCUGCUGAACGUGUACGACAGCCAGCGCACCGGACAGAUCAGGGUGUUGAGCUUCAAGGUCGGCUUGGUGUUGCUCUGUAAAGGACACCUCGAGGAAAAGUAUAGGUAUUUAUUCCGGUUAAUCGCGGACCCAUCAUGCAGGGCGGACCAAAGGAAGCUGGGUCUCUUGCUGCACGAUUGUAUUCAGGUGCCGAGACAGCUGGGCGAGGUUGCAGCUUUCGGCGGCUCCAAUAUCGAACCCUCAGUCCGGAGUUGCUUCGAGCAGGCCUCCACUGCUGCCAAGGAGGGCAGCAAAGGAGGAACUCUUGACAGGAAAACUGAAAAAGAAAAGGAUGAAACGAAAGAGAAGCCAGUCGAGCGAGACGCGGACGGCCAGGUCCAGUACAUCGAAGCGUUCCAGUUUCUGCAGUGGCUGCAGCGCGAGCCGCAGUCCAUGGUGUGGCUGCCCGUGCUGCACCGCCUGGCCGCCGCCGAGGGGGCCCGCCACCAAGCCAAGUGCAACAUCUGCAAGGACUAUCCUAUCGUUGGGUUCAGGUACCGCUGCCUCAAGUGCUUCAACUUCGACAUGUGUCAAAAGUGCUUCUUCAACGGCCGGAAGGCCAAGAACCACAAAUUGACGCAUCCGAUGCAGGAGUACUGCACUGCGACGACGUCGGGAGAGGACGUGCGCGACUUCACGAGGGCGCUCCGCAACAAGUUCAAGUCGGCGCGCUACUUCAAGAAGCACCCCAGGGUCGGGUACUUGCCCGUACAAACCGUUUUAGAAGGUGAUGCUCUGGAGUCUCCCGCUCCCUCUCCGCAGCACGGCGCCUCCCUCGGCCCCGACAUGCACUCGCGCCUCGAGCUGUACGCCACCCGCCUCGCGCAGGUUGAGCUCAGCGCCGCCGACACUCCCGACAGCGAUGAAGAACAUCAGCUCAUAGCUCAGUACUGCGCCUCACUGAACGGCGGAGGGGAGUCCGAAGAAGCUCCUCGCUCGCCUGUGCAAGUGGUCUCCAUUAUCCACCGCGAGCAGAGACACGAACUCGAGGCCAUGAUUAGGGAACUGGAAGAAGAAAACGCAAGUCUCCAAGCGGAGUACGAGCGUCUGAAGGCUAAGCAGACUCCAGGCUCCACGCCCGAGGAGCAGCAGCACGGCGUCAGCGACAAUAGCCGCAGCGGACCGGUAGACCAGGACAUGAUGGCCGAGGCUCGUCUUCUCCGUCAGCACAAGGGCCGGCUGGAGGCUCGCAUGCACAUUCUGGAGGAACACAACAGACAACUCGAAGCUCAGCUGCAGCGUCUACGCACCUUACUCGACGAGCCGGCCCAGGGCUCGCCCCCAGCGCGCACCGGAACAUUACAGACACGUUCGGUGACCGCUUCGCAGCUUGCAACUGAUUCCCCAGCCAAAAUGCACAAUGGACUGUACCACGAAUCACAAACAAAUGGCGGCGCUCGUUGGGCCGGCGCCGAGCGGCCCCCCCCGCCCCCGCACACCGUGCACUCCCUCAUGCACUGCGCAGAUGACUUGGGCCGUGCCGUAGAAGAGCUCGUCUCGGUGAUGUCCGAGGACUCCGGCACGCCGGGCAACGCGCCACCGCAGUACACGAACGGGAAACCGGCAAACAACGAAUGAACGGCUCGAAAACGACGCGAACUUUACACGCGCACGGUGCUUUCAAUAUAAUGUUGCUAUAUUCGAAGCAACCAAACUACCGCGCCCAACGUUCUGGCAACACUGAGCAUAACCAAAGAUUUAUUCUACAAUGGUGUUGCUUUAUAUAGAUACCGUUUUAAUUAAUUUCUUGUUGGUCACAAUUUCUUUUAAUAUUUACUAAUUUUCGACUCAUCACUAACAAAUUGCACUGUACAUUGACUGUCCUUAACUUUUAUACAAAAGCUUUUUAUAAAACAUUCCACGCGUUUCCUAACCUGAGCUUUAUGGCUUCCAGGGGAUCACAAAAAAGUAGAAGCCUGUAAGUUGACAGCUAUGUGGAACUAAUACGAGAUUUUAACUUGAUUUGGUACAAUAUAAUCCAUAAAUAGGCAGUCUCCUGAUUAAACUAAGAAAACCAUACCGUAGAAAGUUAGGACAUUAAGAACGAUUAAGAGAUAUAGAGAGUGCGGCUCUUUAACUGCAUUACGGCAUGGAUAUGUGUAUUAAGUCCUACUAAUGAACUAAUUCAUCAAAUUAAAACUGAAAUCAAACUUAAGAUCGAACUAUAACGAAUCACUACCUAUUUGAUAUUUUCUGAAAACACCACAAACUAUAAAUUGCGUAGUCCCAUCAGUAUCUUGUAUCAUCUGCCGUAAAAUUAAAAGUUAAGUUUCAAUGGAACAUGUACCAAAUCAAAUUAGUUCACAGCAGUUGUUUGUUUUUUUUUAAAUAUUAACGAUAAUCGUAUGCAACGCUUAUUGUAUAAAUAAGGGCGCGCCAUUGUUGCAGUACGUAUCGUGAUUGAGUCGAACUAUCCGCCAUUUCUGUUAUUUUUUAUUUGACGUGGCAACUCUUUCAGAUUUUCUACUAUUUUCGUUGUCCCCCCCUAAAGCUAGCGCCAGUGCUGCCAGAACACAGCAAUCCAACGAAAAAGACAAUGUAACGAGCAUUUAUAUAUUAUAUUCUAUAUAUUUUAACAAUAAAAAUUGUACCGAAAUGUUUUUGGUACUAAAAUAAUAAUAUUUUAAGAACAUAUCUUGUUAGUAUUAUACCUACUUACAAUCUUUAUUAAUACAUUCAUAUCACUGUUUGGAUACUCUCAUAUCAUUUUUGCUAUGUAUUGAAAAUUACAGGCGCGUGUUUCGAAAUCACGAAAAUUUUUACGAAAAUGCUUUUAACGAUGUUACCAGAUUGAUGCAACUUUGUACUGUGGUAUCACUUUUUCUACAAUAUUUAGUAAGCUUUACAGCUGUAAUGAUUUAUACAACGGCCAGAUGUUGCGAUACCCGAAAUGGCCUAAGUUUUAGAGAAAAAAAAAUGUAUUAAAAAAAUUAAAGAUGGACUUCACAAAGGUUGUCACGUGUCGAAGCUGUAUCUGCGGCUGUAACUGUUCGGAUUCGUUGAAGGUUUAUAGUAGUGUAGUUCGUAGGCGAAUUGUAUGAUUAUCAAUAAUAAAUAUUAAAAAUAAAUUAAAACAUGUAACCACGUGCAUGUGUAUGUUAUCGAUUUAUUGUUAGAUAUUAAAACAAAAUAUUAAUCGUGCGCUUUGAUGCAAAUUGUAAUGAUUGUUGGGGGCAGUGACUCGUCCGGAGUUAUCGUCGUUCAAGUGUAGUUGUGAGGAGUGUAAAAGCAAAACUACUUUCAUUCCACCAUAACAACAGUUGCGUCAGGAGAUCAAUGCCUACAGCUAAUGAGCAGUGAGAGCAUAGCCGACAUUGAUAUUAAACUCUUGCUAGUUUCCAACCGGUACGCAAAUCUGCAAAUUAGCUGACCCGCUUCCAUCACAAUGAAUAAAUACCCCAUAAUUCAAUCAUUCUGCGAAGUGUCUAUGCUUUUAUACGCCUGGCACUUGAACGAGCUGGUAGUAAUCGAAUAUUAAUUCUCCAGAUAAUCGUAGAACAAUAGAGGACCCUUCUUAGAGAUUAUACUAUCCAACCUUUUUCACUAUGAAACGGCACACCGACACGUUUAGGAUAUAUUCGGGAUGAGAUGAUAUUAUCCCAUCCCACAUCGAUGUACAUGUGUCUAGGAUGCUGCCUAUCCUUUUUAGAUAAGAUAUAUUCAAAAUGAUGACUUUUAUACGAAUGUUAAGUGAAAACCUGUUAAAGCUAACUUUAUAAUUAAGGACUUCCGAUAUCCAUAUCAAAUUAUCGUUGUUUUCAUUCGAGACGUCACGCUACAUUCGUUAUUUCGUAAUGGCAACUUAUUAUCGGCUUUUUUUAAUUUUAAGGGAAUACAAUUUUAUUUUUCAAAAAAACUUUUUGAUUUAUGCGAACUACUAAUAAAUAUAUAUAGUAACUAAUAUAUU